UCCAGAGGAGGCAAACGAGGUGACGCUUGAAAAGCUCCGCUCCAUCUUCUGAGCGAAGGCAUUUGCGCUUUUUUCCCCCCUGUGGCUGCUGAAGAACCACAGUCGAGUUUGGGGGUGCCAGGCUAAAGUGGCGAAUAAGCUCCCCAGAAGGUUACAGAUAUUUGAUAAAUAUUAUUUACACAUCCAUUCUAACUGUACUGUAGAACAGAAUGAUGAAGGGUCAUUUCAAAAGUUACACAGUGAAUGAACACUCCGGACCAGCAGAGUUCUUGAGCAAUGGCUAUGACAAUGCUGCUUUCCAACCUGAUGAAACAGCUGUACCAAAUGGUCAUUUAAAGAAAAACAAGAAAAAAAAGAAAAAUGAAAAACCAGAGGGAAAAAAUAAAGCAAUGGUUGGGUUUUUUGAACUGUUUAGUUUUGCAGAUGGACUAGAUGUCGUUUUAAUGAUCAUAGGGGCUAUCUCAGCUGCUAUAACCGGAACUGGACAGCCACUUCUGAUCAUUGUUUUUGGACAAAUGACAAACAGCUUUGUGGGAACCUCCGAAAAUGGAACUACAGGUGGUGCAGAAGCAAAUAGCUCAGCAUGUCCAGAAGCAGCUUCAGAUAUAGAAGAACAAAUGAGCAUACAUGCUUACUACUUUGUUGGAAUUGGCUUUGGCGUACUGGUGUUUGGCUUUAUUCACAUCUGGGCCUUUGUGGUCGCUUCUACAAGACAAACUGCAAGAAUACGUAACAAGUUCUUUUUUGCUGUGCUCCACCAAGAGAUGGCCUGGUUUGAUACCACCCAGAUUGGAACACUCAACACUAGAUUGACUGAUGAUAUUAAUACCAUUCAUGGAGGCAUUGGAGACAAAAUCAGUAUAACCAUUCAGCAUUUUUCCACAUUUGUGACGGGCAUUAUCAUAGGAUUUGUGUAUGGAUGGAAACUGACCCUGGUGAUACUGUCUGUGAGCCCUCUUCUGGUUAUAUCCGGUGGUGUCUGGUCCUAUCUCCUGUCAGUGUUGACAUCUAAAGAGCUGACGGCUUACGCAAAGGCGGGUGCUGUGGCAGAAGAAAUCUUGUCAGCCAUUAGGACAGUUGUUGCUUUCAACGGACAAAAGAAAGCAAUAGCAAGGUAUGAUGCCAACCUUGAGGCAGCUAGAAGCGUUGGAUUGAAAAAAACCAUAACCACUAAUUUUUCUUUGGGAAUCUCCCAGUUUUUAAUAUUUGGAUGCUAUGCUCUUGCCUUUUGGUAUGGAACAAAACUCACGGUGGAUGAGAAGGAUAACUAUGAUAUUGGGACAGUGUUAAUUGUGUUUUUUGCUGUGCUUAUUGGUGCAUUUUCCAUUGGACAAGCUUCCCCCAAUUUGGAGAGUCUGGCCAGUGCUCGUGGAGCAGCCUAUGAAGUCUAUAAAAUAAUCAAAAAGAUUCUCAAGGGUCUGAAUCUAAAAGUCCAGCCUGGGAAAACAACUGCCCUUGUUGGUUCCAGUGGCUGUGGCAAAAGCACUACAAUUCAACUGUUGCAGAGAUUUUAUGAUCCAAAUGAAGGGCAGGUUACCAUAGAUAACCAUGAUAUCCGUACACUUAAUCUCAAGUGGAUGAGAGAAAACAUUGGCAUUGUAAGCCAAGAACCAGUUUUGUUUGCUACUACAAUAGCAAACAAUAUUCGCUACGGUAAAGAGGAUAUUACAGAUGCUGAAAUUGAGCAAGCAGCUAAAGAAGCCAAUGCUUUUGACUUCAUAUCAAAACUUCCUGAUAAAUUUAACACCAUGGUUGGGGAACGGGGGGCUCAGCUGAGUGGAGGACAGAAACAGCGCAUUGCUAUUGCUCGUGCCUUAGCCAGAAACCCCAAGAUCCUGCUACUGGAUGAAGCUACUUCUGCUUUAGAUACUCAGAGUGAAGCCAUUGUGCAAGCAGCACUUGAUAAGGCCAGAACUGGGCGCACUACCAUUGUGAUUGCUCACAGACUUUCUACAAUCAGGACAGCGGACGUUAUUGCUGGCUUUGAGAAAGGUGUUCUGGUCGAACAGGGAACACAUGAGGAACUCAUGGCACAAAAAGGAGUCUAUUAUGCCCUUGUAAUGCAGCAGUGUUAUGGUGGAGAUGAUCAGGAUAGUGAAACAGAAGAAGAUUCAAAUAUUGAGACUGAGGAAGAGGACGAAGAGGACGAAGAGGACGAAGAGGAGGAUGGCGAUGAACGUAGCUUUGGAGAAGAAGAUCUAAAUGAUCCGUUCACAGAUGAUGUAGAAAAUCCUGUUGGUGACACAGAAAAGGCUAUAGAGGGAAAUUUUCAUAGAGCAUCCAUCAGACCCAGCUUGAGUAGGGCUUCUACUAAAAGAUACUCUGAGCGCAAGAAAAGGAAGAAAAGGAAGAAGAAAACAAAGAAGAAUAAAGUGGAAGAGAAGCUUCCUGAAGUGCCUUAUUCCAGGAUUCUGGCGCUAAAUAAACCUGAAUUUUGCUACAUAGCAUUUGGGGUCAUUGCUUCUGCCAUUGGAGGAGCUGUCACUCCUGCAUUUGCAGUUCUGUUUGGUAAAAUUAUUGGGGCUUUCCAAAUAAAAGAUACUACAAGGAGAAACUACUAUACAGUGAUGUUUUCUCUUUUGUUCCUUCUCUUGGGAGUGGUUAGCUUUGUAACAUAUGUAAUACAGGGCUUCAUGUUUGGGAAGUCUGGGGAAGCCCUGACCCUGCGAUUGCGAUCCCUUUCAUUCAAAGCAUUGCUUCAACAGGAGAUUGGAUGGUUUGAUGAUCAUAAGAACAGCAUUGGGGUUCUGUUAACCAGACUUGCAACAGAUGCGUCCCAAGUCAAAGGAGCUACUGGAAGCCGGCUGUCUGUAUUAACCAUGACUGUCUUCACACUUGUGACAUCUCUUGUUAUUGCUUUUGUGCAUGGCUGGCAAUUAACGCUGCUCAUCUUGGCCUGUAUUCCUUUCAUUGCUGCUACACAAGCUAUCAGAGUCAAGUCAAUGUCUGGUCAUGCAGCAAGAGAUCAAAAAGCCCUUGAAGAAGCAGGAAGAAUUUCAACAGAGACUGUGGAAAACAUAAGAACGGUGGCUGCAUUGACAAGAGAAGAUAAAUUUUUUGAAAGAUACAAUGAAAGCUUAGAAGGCCCAUAUAGAGAUGCUCUGAAGAAAGCUCCCAUUCAUGGAUUUUCAUAUGGCAUCUCCCAGAGUGCCAACUUUUUUAUAAAUGCUGCUGUCUUCAGAUUUGGAGCAUGGCUUAUCGCCCACUGUUACAUGAACUUUGAACAACUUUUUAUAGUCUUUGCUUCAGUGAUUUUUGCUGCUAUAAAUGUUGGUCAGUCCAAUUCUCUUGCACCCGAUUACAACAAAUCAAAAGUUUCUGCCCAAAGGAUUUUUCACCUUUUGGAUCGGAAGCCACCAAUUGACAGCUAUAAUGAAGAAGGUGAAAAAUUGCAAAUAUUUGAAGGCAAUAUUGAAUUCAAGGACAUCCAUUUUGUAUAUCCGACCAGAACAGAAGUGCAGGUUUUACAAGGGCUCAAUCUAAAAGUUAAUAAAGGGCAGACUUUGGCAUUAGUGGGAAGCAGUGGCUGCGGCAAAAGCACCUCCAUUCAGCUUCUGGAAAGAUUCUAUGACCCGGGAUCAGGACAAGUGCUUGUAGAUGGUAUGGAUUCCAAGUCUCUGCAUAUUCAGUGGCUGAGAUCGAGACUCGGCCUUGUGCAGCAAGAACCUAUUCUGUUCGACUGCAGUAUAGCUGAGAAUAUCCAGUAUGGAGACAACAGUCGAGUUGUUAGCCAAGAAGAAGUUGAAGAAGCAGCUAAAGCAGCUAAUAUUCACAACUUUAUACAGAAUCUCCCGGAGAAAUACAAUACUCGUGUGGGUGAUAAAGGAGCACAACUUUCAGGAGGGCAGAAACAAAGAAUAGCCAUCGCCCGCGCCCUUGUCCGAAAGCCUGCAGUUCUGCUUCUGGAUGAAGCCACAUCAGCUCUUGACACAGAAAGUGAAAAGAUUGUCCAGAAGGCCCUGGACGAUGCUAGAAAAGGUCGAACCUGCAUUGUUAUUGCUCACCGAUUGUCCACUAUCCAGAAUUCUGACAUCAUAGCAGUUAUCCAGAAUGGCAAAGUAAUUGAACAGGGAACUCAUAGUCAGCUGCUGGCAAUGGAAGGAUUCUAUUAUGCCCUUGUCAAUGCACAAGUAUCCCAUUAGCCUAGACUUUUAAGAUCUGCCAUAUUUAUACAACGAGAAGCAGAACCAAUGGAAAAGUGGUACAGCAAUGUAAGAUACCAAGAACCAUACCAUUGUUCUGGAUGCCCAUAGCAGCUUUGAGAUUGGGUUUGUGUCCUAUCCCACCUGGCUAAUUGCUUUUGAAACUUAGAGGACUAUGAUGCACCAGAAGGAAACCGGGACUCUCCUGCUCAAAGGACAAAAAAGUUCAAACUCUUCACUAGGCUUUUAAGCACAUCCAACGUAGGUUCUUGAGACUAACGUCAUUAUUAAAAAUUGGCCAUAUCCUCUUUCUGUAGCCAUCAUCAAUGAUGUUCAGAUCCUGCUAGAGCAAAAUGAAUGUAUGUUGGACCUUUCCAAAAGGACUGAAAGACACUUAUUUAUAUCUUUCUUUGUUAAAGUUU